AUGGUUGAUUCCCUCUUGACUCGGAUUGAUGCUAUACCUUAUGACGAUCUUCACGCCAUGUUACUAAACCAUGAAUUCCUUUAUGGCUCCUCACUCAAGAAACUAUCACUUUCAGAGUCUUCUGCAACUAAGACCUCCCCUAAUGCCAACUCUGUGCAACGCUCCACCACAUCCUCUGCCUCCGGUUCUCCUCAACCGAACCGUGGUGGCAGAUGUUUUUGUGGUAGGGUUCGUGGUGGUCGGGGGCAUGGUACCUUCUCUAGUGGUCCUCCUGGGCAGUCUUCUGGCCGUUAUGUUUUAAUUUAUGUGGAUGAUAUAUUGGUGACCAACAGUGAUGCCUCUGCAGUUCCUGUUCUCCUUCGUCAGUUGUCCACCGAGUUCUCCAUUAAAGAUUUGGGGCCCCUUCACUUUUUCUUGGGCAUUGAGGCUAAAUCAAAGAUUCAGAUUCAAGGGGUGGCUUUGCAUGAUAAUCCCACAGAAUAUCGGUCUAUGGUUGGGGCGCUCCAAUAUGUCACCCUCACUCUAUCUGACGUGGCUUUUUCGAUCAAUCGUGCAUACCAAUACAUGCAUGCACCUACCAAGAAUCAUUGGCAAGUUGUGAAACGGAUCUUGCUCUACCUUAAGAGCACUUCCUCUCAUGGUCUUCUCUUAGAGCGGUCACCUUCUCGUCGAUUACAGACCGUCUCUGAUGCGGAUUGGGCGGGUGAUGGCAGUGAUCGCAAAUCCACUGGUGGUUUUGCAAUCUUUCUCGGGCCGAACUUAAUUUCUUGGAAAUUGCGAAAGCAAUGCACUGUUGCAUGUUCCUCCACUGAGCCCGAGUACAAGGCCUUGGCUGAUGCAUCUGUCGAAUUGAUUUGGUUGGAAUCCCUAUUCAAAGAACUCGGGCUUCCUCUUCCUAGCCCUCCUGUGCUAUGGUGCGAUAAUAUUGGCGCCACUUAUCUCUCCGCCAACCCGAUGUUUCAUGCACGCACCAAGCACGUCGAGGUUGACUGUCACUUUGUUUGUGAUCGUGUGGCCAAGAAACAACUCCAAGUUCAGUUCAUCCCUACUCACGAUCAACUGGCUGACACAUUUACCAAAGCUCUGUCUACUGCUCGUUUUGAUUUCUUGCGAGACAAGCUGAAGAUUCGGUGA